UGGUGCGUGAUUCUCGUAACAUAACCAUACUUCUUUCCCGGCUUAAUCCUGGGCGCCCCCCGGUAGUAUAGGUUUGUUUGGCGUCACGCGUCAAAGAAAUUUCUAUUAGCGUGGUUUGUGUGAAAUAUUUGCGUUUACUGCUUUAUAUCGGACUCAUUUUAUAUACAGAAUUCGUGAUGUUGAGAAGCUAAACGACUUGAAUCGCCACAUAACCUUGAGGGUUUGCUGUCCAACUUUCUGUAGUGUGCAACACUUUUUGCCUUUUAUAUAGGUAGUUAUCAUAGUUAUCAAAGCUAUAUUAAUUGUACGAAAAUAGAAAGCAUUAUCGUUAACAAUUAUAAGAACGAGACUUAUAUAUAUACUCUCUCCCUCUCUGAUUGCUACUUGGCGUAUGUGAUUAGUAUGAGAAAGAAUAUCUGGUGCGUGUGUGUUGCGUUAGAGAAUCUGAAAUAGGCAUAAAAAAAUGUUACACUUGGAACCAAAUAACACAGGCGAAAUUUUGAGGUUACAGUAUCUUACCCUCACACUUCCCUUUGGCAGCAAUUGAUAUUAACAUAGCAAGAUAGUGGCUCCAGCAUUGAGCGGAUCAAGUGCCAUCAUUGGAUAAUUUUAGGUAUUUUAUUCACAAACAUUAGCUUGUAAAAAAAAGAAUUAAUAAAUCAGUUGCUGAACCUGGAAUGUAAAAAGAUUUUUAAAAUGUCACAUUUUAACUUAAUGAUGGAGCCACUUUACAGUUCAAAAAUGAAAGGGGUUAUUGACGUUCUGGCUAUGCAAAGAGAAAAAAGGCUCACCCUACAAAAAAAUAUAAAAGUAAUUGACUACUCUAAAGCCACAGAUAGUUUCACAGUAGCUAGGUUCAUUUUUGAGUGUGGUUUGAAAUUAGAAGCUAAUGUUUUGACGAUAUCCACUGCUGCUUCUUUAUUUCAUAGGUUUAUGAGAGAAGCAACUCCACAAGGAUAUGAUCCAUAUUUAAUAGCAGCGACAUGUUUGUACUUGGCAGGAAAAAUAAAAGACAAUACCCUUAAAAUUAGAGAUGUCAUGAAUGUAUCGUACAGUACAUUACAUAGAGGUUCACCACCAUUGGAAUUGGGUGAUCAAUACUGGUUUAUGCGAGAUGCUAUAGUACAAGCAGAGCUUUUAAUUAUGCGUAUGUUGAAGUUCCAUGUCAUGCCAGAACAUCCUCACAAGUACAUGCUUCACUACUUGCGAUCUUUGCAAGCCUGGUUUGGAGAAGAAGAGUGGGGAAAAUAUCCUGUAGCUAGAACGAGUAUGGCACUCUUACAAGAUUUUCAUCACAUUCCUGCUGUCCUUGAUUAUCCACCAAAUCUGAUUGCCAUAGCUUGUAUCAAUUUGGCUUUACAAAUUUAUGGAGUUGUAGUGCCUCUUAUGGAUGAAUGUGAUCAGCAAUCUUGGUUCAAUGUUUUUUGUAAAGAUCUAACCAGAGAUAAGCUAUGGGAAAUUAUGGACAAAGUUAUGUCAUCGUACGACGAGGAGCCAGAGACAAGUGAUCGUUAGUUCAUAGAUUUUUUCAUUGAAAAUCGACUCAGUGUCCAACAU